CCAAUUUUCGUAGUCUUUAUUUCCCGGUGCAUAGACGGAAGCACUUUCACUAGUAUGGAGGUUGGAGGUUAGUAUGGAGGUAUGGAGGUACGCCACGAAGCAGCCUUUUCCUGAGAAGUCAGUGAACAUCUGCAGCUACUUGCAAGGUUUUUAUUCAGGCACAUACUCAGUGGCCUUGGUUAUUUGUUUGCUGAAUAAGGCAGCAGCCAGAACUUACUUAGUGGUGCACUAUAGUACACAGCUUUAGCUACCGGGUAAAAGUUGUUAGACACCGCAAUGUUGAUGAAGUUCCUAAAGAAUGCUAAUCGCAGUUAAUGGGCAAGGUUUGCGUUCUGGCAAAAUUCAGUUUAUCCCUUAUAGCAUGUGCUUGAAUGUCGCUGAAUAUACCAAUAUUACUGAAUUUUAGUAAUCUGUUUCGUUCGGUAGCGAAUACAUGAAAGAGAUCCUGAUGUUCGGCCUAUAGCGGUUAACAUUGUCUUCUCUGAAACACCUGGUGCGCUGCGAUGCGCAGCUUCGUAUGAACAAUGUGCAUGGUUUCAGGCACUAUCUUGUAGUUAUUUGGUUCUUGGAAAUUUUGACAAUUCAAUAACUCGACGCAGCCACUUUUCCACGCGUGCAAGUUUUCCACACACAAUGAGCAGUUAUUAAAUAGCCCUAAUUGUUCGUAUACGCCGUUGAAUUCUGGGCACGUCACUUUGGAGUUGCUGAGGUUCAGAACGCAUUGGUUCGAGGGUAUGCAGCUGGUUGAGGUAGCCGCUCUACUAACGCUUGUAACGGCAACUGUGGGCAAGAAGUUCACACGCUGCUCCUUGUCGAAAGAACUUGCCAGGAACGGUAUACCCAGAGGGCAGAUGGCCAACUGGGUAUGCCUCGUCAACUCCGAAAGUGGCAUGAAUACGAGGGCUAUGAACCGUAACAGAGACGGCAGUGUCGACUACGGGCUUUUCCAGAUCAACAACCGGUACUGGUGCAGCCCUGGUCCCCACAACCAAUGCCGAGUCAGGUGCAAAGAUCUGCUCUCCGACAACAUUAAAGCAGCAGUAAAAUGCGCCAAGUUUAUCUACAAAAGAAUGGGAUUCUCGGCUUGGUACGGCUGGCAGGCGAAAUGCCGGGGAAGAAAUCUGGGAAGAUACACUAGAGGCUGCAGGUUCUGAGAAAUAAACAGUUUACUCUUUU